AUGGCUCAAAUUGACCAAAAUGAUGUAGGCGCAUUUUUUGAUGAGGUAUCAUCAAUUUCAGAUAUGAUACGUAAAGCUCAAGCGAAUAUAUCUCAGAUAGAUGAAUUACACUCGCGCACUUUGGGUAUAAUAUCUGAUGAUGAAAGGAUAAAACGUCAACUUGAAAGUAUAACAUCAGAAACAAGAGGAAUUCUUACACAAAUAAAAGAUAGGAUCAAAAAAUUGGAAGUUUCAAAUUUGAAACAAGCCAGAUCUGGAGACAUAGAAGUUAGGAAAGCUCAGACUUCAAAUUUACGUCAAAAAUUCAUGGAAACUUUACAAAAUUAUCAAAAUGUUGAAUAUCAAAAUAGGCAAAAAUACCGUCAACGAAUGGAAAGACAAUACAAAAUUGUUAAACCUCAAGCAACGCAAGAAGAAAUUGAUUCUGCCAUAGAUAAUGAUGAUGGUGGACAAGUAUUUGCUCAAUCAUUGAUGAAUUCAACAAGAAUUGGAGCAGCCAAAGAAGCUCUUAAAGAAGAACUUGCUAAUCUUUUCCAUGAAAUGUCAAUUCUCGUUGAAGCACAAGAUCAAACAAUUGUGGACAUUGAACAAGAAGCUACACAAGUCAGUACUAAUAUGGAACAAGGUGCUCAACAUGUAGAUCAAGCAUUAACUAGUGCAAGAGCUGCAAGAAAGAAAAAAUGGUAUUGUUUUGGAAUUAGCAUAAUACUUUUGAUUGUUUUAAUAGUAGUCUUGUACAUAACUGUUAUUAAACCAAUGAUUGACAAAAAUAAAAAAUAA